AACAUUCCUCGCAUCGCAACUCGCGCGCGCCGCGUUCGACCACCAGAAAGCAUACACACGAAACCACUGUACCACUACACCUAUCAAAAGCCCCACUGGCGUUGAACGCGGCAACGGCAACGACAUCAGCUCAACGACACCGCACCAGCAGCAGCCACCUCACAAGGGUCGCGGCCGUCGCAGUGACAGCGGCUACAUCCUUUCCCGACUCACGACCUCCGCCGCCGCCGCCUUGAUUGCAUUGUUCUAAAUUUCCUCCAACCUCACGACCCACCACCAUGACAGAGGAAAUCGUAAUCCCAGACCUCGACGACGACGAUGACCUUACGCUCCCAUCCUUCUCCAGAACGACAUUCGGCAGCCAAGGAGCGUCCUCCGACACCGAGCUCUACACGCAUCGCCAUGAGCCCUCGACGUCGUCCGACCCUAUGAACCGCGCGAACGGCGGAGGCGCCAAUGCGUUCAACACGGGCUCGCUGCGUGCCCAGCUGCCGAAGAGCGGGCUGAGUCACUCGGCGUCGGCCCACGACCUCGCACUCGAGCCGCCACGGCUGGGCAAGAUGUCGAACGGGUCGUCGUCGUCGCUGAUCGCGCACUCGAUGCAGCAGUCGGGGAGCGGUGCGGGCGUGCUCGGCCCGCGCAAGGGCUCGUUCGCAUCCCUCAAGAACGUCUUCAAGCCCAACACGCAAGGCGCACCCCCCGUCCCCUCAUUACCGCCGCUCGACUCGAAGCAGUACGGCGCGCCACGGUACCCGACUCUGCGGGACCCGUUCAACCGCUUCGAUUCGCCACCGUCCCCCACCUCGACCCACCACAACAGCAGGCCAAGGGGCUACACCAAGGCGUCGGCGGCAUGGCAGCAGCCCCUGGGGUACAACCACACGGCUGGCAAGCAUUCCGUGGCGACGAUGCACUCUUCGCAGCGAUCGUUUGGCGGUCGCUCAGUGACGUCCCAGGGCUCGUCGAGCUUCCGCGCAGAGGACUAUCCCUUACCCAUGUUGCCACGGAUACCGGCACGAUCGACGCCGUCGCGGGCUGGACGACAGGGCAGCGAUACCAGCAUGUUCGGCACCUUCCCCCGUAAGAUGAGCGUCAAUACUGGGGACGAGUCACUGGACAACUUUGGCAAGACCCCGGCGGAGGAGGCAUUGCGCGUCGUCUUUCAGGCUUUUCGUGAAUCGGCUGACCCAAAAAUCACAAAGUUGUUGGCCAAGCCUUUGAACUCGCACAUCUCGCUCUCUGCCGUGCUGGCGUCUGGUGUCGAUCCGGCCUUUGACCAGGUUUUGGUGUCAUUGGCAAACUGUGCUCGUGCACACGCUCGCCGUGUCAUUGACCUCCUUAACACUUGGUGCCGGAUACAGUCGGACAACAUCAGCCCCAACGACAUCAGAUCGCACCUGUCUCAGUCGCUCGGGUUCCAGGUCAGAGCCGACGAAGCUGCUUCAGUCCUCGGCAGCCGCAAGGCCUCCGCUGCAAAGUACAUCUACCACCGUGCCCUCAUCGACAUUGUCCGCACCGUGCCGACGCUCGGCGAGGACGUCGCGCUCAACCUCGAGCACUCGGCAUUCAGCCUGUUCAGAUCGGAACGGCCAGACGACGUCGCCCACAGAAGGGACGUCUCUGCUCUGCUUGUUGAUUUCCUCGGCGAGCUGUCCAAGACCAGGUUCCUCACCGUCAGCGACAGAUUCACUCGGGAGAUAAGCGGACUGAGCUCAGGGGCUUCAAAGGACCAGGAAUCGAAGAUUGAGCACAUCCUCAAGGGCGUCAGCCACCUCAAGCUCAAAGUUUAUCCCGAGGAUGAGCUUGAGAUGGCGGCUGAUUUUCUUCAAAGCCUGUCUACAUUCUUUGCCAAUGCUCAUGGAUCCCAGCUCAAGUCUGCCUAUGCGGACACCUUUACCCAGCUGCUACACCCAGUUAUCGAGACGGCAACCGCCGAGGUCAACCACCCGGUCUGGGCCAAGGCGAUCGCGGUUGUGCUCCAGCGCGCCAUCGCCAUGGCGUCCAAGCCACGCUACUGGCCGAUCGCCUUCCCGCUCGUUGUCGUCGCGCUCUGUGUAUCGCCUCGUGAGGUGUUCAUGGAGCACUGGCAGGGGUGUAUCGACGCCAUCGCCUCCAAGUCCAAGGACCGGUCCUCGCGAAUCAUCGGCAUGAAUGCGUUCAUCCGUUUGUUGUGGGUGUACCUCCACCGAUGCCCUGAGAGCUCGACGACGACGAGGAAGCGACUGGAAGGUCUUAUCAGGAUCCACUUCCCUGCCCACAGCGGUCUGUUGGUGCCCUCAGAUCUUCCCCUGGAGCCGUUUGUCGCCAUCCUCCACUACGUCUUCGCCAAGCAGUUCGACUAUGGCCAGGAUUUGGUAGCCGAGUUCCUGCACGACUGCCAGCCAGGCAGGUCGGGUGACGGUGCACCUGGAGAGCUCCACCAUGCCGAGCGGGCCUAUGUCGCGAUUCGGGCUUCCACCUACACGCUCCAAUCAGUUGUCCACGACCUCCCGGUUCCGUUCCCCACUGGCCCAGAUUUCACCCGUUUCGAGCUGGACAACUUGACGAGUGGUGAGGGCAGACUGGUGUUGGAGGGAUUGGACCAAGCAGAAGAGUUUGUUGAAAAGGUCGCCCCGGUCGCUGUCAGCAUCCUGCAGUCCUGCGACCGUACUGUCGGCACCGUGCUGCUAUCAUCCGACGCUGUCACGAUUUCUAUCCACGCCUCCAGCGCCAACAUGGACAGCUCGGGAGAGCAGGUCACGCACAAGCACGGAGACAUUCACGUGGCGUAUCCCACUCGCUAUGAGCCGACAUUCCGUCUACUUGCUGCUCUCCUCGACUCGAUGCGCUCCAUGCUCCCCGUAUCGGCCAACCGAACCCAACUGGUCAACAUCCUCUGUCGAUCUACCUUCUCAGCAGACCCUGCUACCUGCCAGGUGGCAUCCACCACCAUGCGCAGCGUGGCAGAGGACCCGGCCUUGUGCCUCCUCCUUGUGGACAACUACAGGCAGUUUGUGUUUGAGACGAGGCACGUCUUCCGCGAGCACUUCGUCGCCACCCGCCUCCUCGAGUCGCAGCUCGUGCGUGUCGCCAAGCUCUGGGUCGACGUCCUGGAAACGCUCGCGACUCACCAGCGUACGGCCGAGAAGGCAGCAAAGAUCGACCCCGGCCUCAUCAACAAGAUCGAGGGCACGGGCAUGUUCCUGCUCUCCUCGACCUGUGUCGGGCUCCGUCGGCUCGCGCACACCGUGUUCACAGCGGCGCGUGACCUGGCAGGCGAGUCGAGGGCACCGUCCGCCCCGUUCAGGUACAGCCGUCUCGUCAUUCCUGACAAGCCGUCACUCUCGUCUGUCCUUCAGAUGUACAAGUCCAACAUCGAGGAAGCCGACAUGAAGACAUUGCGGUCGCUUCCGAUGCUGACAACAAACGACCACCAUCGGCUCGACACUCUGAAAGGACCAAAGUUGCUCCAGCAGCUGGCCGAGAGCGACAGUCCCAAGGACGCUGCGUUGUGGCUGGCCAUCUUCCCGACGUUCGUCGGUAAAGUCAGCGACCAGCUGCCCAAGCCUGUGGAAGUGCUUCGAACGCUGGUUGGCAACACGGCCGUUCGCCUACAGACCCACGUCGGCGACAUUGCUUCGGGCAAGCCGAGCCGCAGCGCUCGGGCUAUUAACCGAUCUACCUCGGACUCGACGGUCCUCGCCGAACAGUGGCGCAUGUACCUCUCCGUGCUGGCAGCCACGGUCGACGCCUCGGUGACGACCCCAAAGUUACCGCGAAAGGACACGACGCUGUCGACAGAGCUGUUGACGACGCCUCUGAUCUUCAAGUACCUCAUGGGUCUUCUCAUGUGGGAUGACCGUCGGUUCCAGGAUGCUGCAGUGUAUGCGCUUGGAUCGAUUCGCGCAUCAUCUCUCUCGCCCCUGGCCGAGCAGCUCCUCACCUUUGUGCGCCACCUGGCCGACUCGUACAAGGCGACCAUCUUACCUCAGUCGGCGCGAAAGCCAUCAGCCAGCGGCAUCAUGUGGACGGCCGCUGCUCAUGUCUUCCGCUUGAUAUCGCCUAUGAUUCUGGACAACAGAUCCCCCUCGCAUAUUGCCAACCUGUCUUCCUUCAUCGGCUUUGUCAAGAUCACCUUCAACCUUCUCUCUGACCGCGCGGCACGCGAAGACUAUGAUCUCCAGAGCCUUCGUCGGUGGUUCUGUAUCGUUGUCGACCAUCUCACCACCGCCCUCGGCAAGCUUGACAGCAGUGACCGCUUCCUUGGCGAAGAGGUCCGUGGAGCAAUCUUCAAGCUGUGCUACGACUGGUGUCAUGUUGGACGGCGACCAGAUGUCGCCAAAGCUCGCGAGUCGCACACACUUCAAGCUGCGGCCGACUCGUACCGUGGGGACCGCGACCGUGCGCAGUACUUGGACGACCUACAGGCCAAGACCAAGCUCCUGUCUGCGGCCGCAGCAGAAGCCAUGGCCAGCUUGUGCCAGGGCAAGCUGAUCUCAGCUGCGGACGCCACACCUGCGACUCACGCUUCUGAGACGAUCGUCGAGCCGCUGACGGUGCUCCGAUGGAUCCGUGGCAUGUUCACCUCGACUCAGCCAAGCCAUCACGAGACGGCGAGGAAGGCUCUGCACGCCCUCGUCAAGUACAACUGGGACGUGUCCCGGCUGGCCGACGAAGUGCUCCACCAGUCGUUCGGUGAAGGAGAGCAGUUUUCCUUAGAGUCGUCGUUCUUCGGCGUUGUUGCGGACCUCAUCAGCGAUGGAACGAUCAAGCUUCCCUCGGCGCAGUUGGCCUGCCUGUCCCUGUCCAAGCUCGGCCAUCCCGUCCCAGACGUACGCCUACGCGCCUUCCAGCUCGCCGUCUGGCUCUUCGACAGCCCUGCCGACCGGCUCGCCGCGUCCAAGUUGCUCUCGGCAGUUGGCAGCACCGCUCCCAACGUGUACAACCAGGCGCAGCUUGACCUGCUAACUCGUUUUGCCGAGCUCUACCCCGAUCUGGCUAUUCCCUUCCUGGCCGAGUGCACUACGCGACUGGGCCAGCUCGACGCCCCCCGUCGCCAGGCCACGCUCCGCAUCCUUCCUGCCUUCAUGAAGGUUUUGGAGCUUGACGCCGCAACCAAGGACCAGACCGCCGAGGACAUUGCUCGCGAGCACGAGACCCUCUCAAAUCUCAUGUUCCUCGUGGUGCGCUUCAGCGACGACCACAUGGACUCGGUCCGCGACAUCCUGGUCAGCUUUGCUGGCUCUGGCCGAUCUCGCAACACCACUGCCCUGGUCAAGUUCUUGUUUGAGCAAGGCGCGAAGCGUGGCAGCCCCGACUUUGUGGUCCAUGCCCGCCAGAUUGUUGCUUGCCUGGCUUCUUCUCCGGCAGGCGAUAUCAUCUUUGACGAGAUCACCGACUUUGUCGACCCGUCCGACAUGGCGACUUCGGCCCAGGCAAACGUCCCGGCCAGCCCUGCAAGCUCGCACGCCAACCUGGAUGUGUUGUUUUCCACGACACUCCGGACCAAGCCACUCUCGCAAGGACAGCUUGCGCUGCUGUUCGCUGGUGAGCUGCUGCCUCACCGGGUGGUCAACUCGAACCUCAACAGCCGUCUGCCCACCCUCCUGCAUGUCGCCUUCAUCCAUUGUGAUGACCCCAACCCUGCCAUGCGGGAACAAGCUCAGACUGUCCUCCUCCAAGUGCUCCGGACGUGGAUCAGCGAUCAGUCACACGUCCAGCCUCCUGAGCCUGCGGAGCGUGCGGCGGUGUGGGCCACCGCGGAGCUCAAAACUACAGCACUUAGCCGCGAGCGUGCCGACCUGUUCUGGAAGACGGACGACACGGGCGAGGGAGAAACUCUGUUCCAUGCGCCGGCAAAGAUGUCCACCUUGGUGGCCAAGAUCCUCGGCAUCCUCCAGCAGCUGCAACCCAAGCUUCGGAAGCAGUGGGGCUCGCUAGCACUCAAUUGGGCGACCUCGUGUACCGUCCGGCACUUGGCUUGCCGCUCGUUCCAGGUGUUCCGAAUCUUGUCGCCGAGCGUCAACCCCCGCAUGCUCUCCGACGUCCUCGCGCGCCUGUCCAGCACGAUCGCAAGCCCGCAGGCCGAGAUUCAAGCCUUCAACACCGAGGUCAUGCACACCUUCGCCUCGAUCGUCCAGUCGUUGACGGCGAGCGAGAUCAGAUCGUACCCCCAGAUCUUCUGGUGCUCAAUGGCGUGUCUCACCACACCAUACGAGGCCGAGUUCAACGAGGUUGUCGACCUCCUCUCGCACGUGCUGGACAAGACCAACCUCGCCGACCAGUCCGUGGUGUCGCACCUUGUCUCGUACCGUCCUCCCGACUACACCGAGCCUCCUCCUCAUCUCCAGUCCUUGCUCCUCAUUGGCCUGCGGUCAUCCAAGACGGACAUGAUGACGUUUGACGUCAUCCGCCGCUUGACCAGCGUCCCCGACUCGCAGCUUAUCGACGGGGCUGAUGACCGGUUGAUCAACGGCUUCGUGGCCGCCUUGCCAUGGAUGCUCCACUCCACCGACCUGGGCGAGCCAAACGAGGAGCUCGCAGGCAUGGCGUUUGAUCUCGUGGACAUUGCGGACAGACAAGGCAACGCGGGCUUCUCUCGCUUGCUCACGUCCUUUGCCCGAGCCCGCUUCCGCACCAAGGACGACUUUAUCCGACAGGCUGUGGCUCUUCUCCGCGACCAUCUCAGCACUCAUGCCUUGCAGAUCGUGACGGUCCUGUUGGGCUUUGUGCUCAACCGUACCGACUGGAUGCGCGACAAGGCGUUGCAGGUGCUCAAGCUUGUCCUGGCGUUCCCCGAAGCCCGAGCCCCGCUUGCACCUCACGCCAACGAGCUGUUCAAGCCUCUACUUCGCCUUGUGGGAACCAAGCAUGCGGCACAGGCGCUCGAUGUCCUCGACAUGCCUCUUGGUGCUCCAGACGUCCCGCCUGCCGACCCAGCCGACCAGCUCUUUGGUCCGAUUGAGGCUUCUGGCUGGAGCGUGCCGAACGCGACUGAGAGGUCUGCCGUCACAAAGAAGAACGUGCUGGCAGUGUUCAACACCUGCGCUGUCGAAUCAAGGGCAGCUUCGGCGCACUUCUCGGUCCUCCAGUUCUCUGACCUCCGCCCGAUCAACGGCAACCCUGGCGGCAGCAAUCAGUGGGCUGCCAGCCAGGCGAGUCUCGAGCUGCCCUCGCCGCCACUAUCGGUUCCCGACAAUGCGUCCAUGGGCGACCUGGUCGGCGCCCUCCACUCUCUCAACCAGUUCUUUGACGACGGGCUUGACGGUGCCGCCCAGCCGGCCGCGAGCGGAGGUACCAGCCCCUUGCAGCCCAGGCGACAGCGGCCAAUGGCACCGUACGGCCGCGGUAACAGCGGAGACUCGUUCAGCAACGGUGACACCCGCUUGCGCAACGUCAUGUCCCGCGGCGGCAUUGUUCGCUCGCCGUCGUCCAAUCUGCCCAUCCACGAGAACCGCAGCGAGCCCGAUGUCGGGGCGUACCCUCUGGCCCAGCACGCCCCCAAUCUGCCCUUCGUGGCAAGCACCGAGAGCUUUUCUUCGGCGCCUGGUGGCCUCGCCCCGCCCGCCGACCCGACAUACUGGGCCAACGGUCUCUCGGGCACCUACGGUAGUGGGCAUGCCGGCUCGCGCAUGGGCAACCUGUACCUCCCCACCGGCCACAAGACGAGCUUCUCGAGUGAAUCCGAGUUUGGAGCGACCAACUCGGAGGCCGUGUUUGGCCUCGAGGACGAGACGAACCCUGCAGCCGCACAGCCGAUCGAAGCCGCGCUCAACGGCGUUGGGCUCGGUGCUGACAUUCUUGACGCACCAGUCAACCGGCCUUGGAACAACAAGGACCGGAGCCGGACGCCGUCGCCUCGCGACGCUCCUGGCGGCAUGGUGUAGGGCGCAGCGCAGCGUAGACAGACUCGCUCGCCCUCCACCUGUAUUGUACAUUGAUUAGAUUCUUGGGAUUUUGGUCGCCAGUGUAUAGAUUGUGCCGAUGCGCACUGCACAUGUAACGUGUAUGAAGUCGAAGA